AUGAUGAUAAUCAAAGGAAUUAUUGACAAUUUAUAUCCUCAUAUUGGCAUGUUGUUUGUUGUGUUGAUUUAUAAUGCAAUAAAAUUCGAAAGUAGUUAAAAAUUACGAAUAACUCAGUCAGCAAUAAACAUUUUGUUUACACUGUAUGUCCUUGAAUAUGAUGUUUUUACUGACUUUAUUGCGUAGAACUAUAACGGUGGGAAUUAAGUUACAGCCAAUAUAUUAAACAGUAUAAUGGGGGAGUUCCCAGAGGCAGCCUUUGGAACAAUAGUGACUUUGGGAAUGAGACUGUAUUAUUUCUUUUGUUAUGGUGAAUUUUAGAAUAUCAAUGUUAUGUUAGUAACGACUGCUCUUCAUUUGGUAUGGAUAUAUUACUUAUAUAACUUCAAUAAAGCCAAAAGAUCACAAUUCAUUUUAACCUUAGUGGACAACAAAUGGGAAAAAAUAUUUAAAUAAAUACUUCACAACAACAAGAAAUUUGUGUUGCUGCAUUAUGAUGAUGAAGAGUUUAAAAUUAAGAAGGUUUUAUAAACUAUUCUUCCUUAAAACACAUCUUUGGAGGCAUUUUUAGAAUAUAUUCGCUAGGUUAAAUGCAAUAAUCAACCAAUUUAGAAUUUCUUUUUUUAAUAAAUUAAUUAACAUAAAAAAAAUUAAUAGGAUGUAAUUAAUUAAUAAAUUCUUGUCAAGUAUGAAAAGAAAUUGAUGUAAUUUCAUUUUUCACUCUUUUUUGGAGACAAGCCAAUCAUUCUACUUGUCAAUGAGGAUUAAACUAAAUCUAACACUGAUGUCAUAUCUCAAUCAACAGUAAUCCUUAAAAUACUCAAGAACUUAGUUAAUAUCAUUGAUUCAGAUAAGUAGUACAACAAAAGGCAAUUUUUUUAGUUAUCUUAGUUUAUAAAAAUAAAAUAUUUGAUUGGGAAAAUUAAUUCACGAAAGAAAUCAGUUUAAUAGAUUAAUUUGAAUAUUUACAUCAAUAAAAUAGCAGAUAAAUAUAAGCGUUAUAUAAAUGUGUAAACGUAUGGCAUAUAAUGUGAAGUUAAGACUUUAGCUAAUGUUUUUCAUCUUUUCUUGCUUGUUGUUUUUGGCAACACAAGUAAAAAGAAUAUCUAAGCAGAUAUAUACAGAGAUUUUGAUUAUAGAGUUCUUUUAGUAUUUGAAGGGUACUUCAGAUAGGAUAUUAUUAAUAUCCUUUAUCAAAAAUUCGAAUUCUACUUUGCUCUUAUAAUUAGAAACUGUUCUAUCCAAGAAAAUUGUAACAAAUUUAUUUAAUUUUAGGUAUUAAAAUUGAGUUAAAUGAAGAAGUUUUAUGCCCUUUUACAGAUAAUUAUUAACAUAAGAUUUCUUGA